AUGGGCGCAAUCAUCGAGCAACUUGGGUAUAAACUGGUUUGGUCAGCCGGUAGUUGCAAGCUGUAUCCUCCCGAUGGUAAGUCGUUGAGGCUUAGGGUCAAAAAUGGUUGCCCGGAAUUGGUAGAGAGCCAGGCCCUUACGCUGAUAUCACGGUUGGAGGAACACAAAAUGCAACAGGUUGAGGAGCUCAGGCGAAGAACGGAUGAGGGGAAGGAUCGCAUCAGACAGGCGAAAAUCGCGAUGCAGCGCACAUGGUGGGAUCAUUUGGUGGAGCAUGUUAGCUCGUCAGCGCCAGCAGCGGGCCACAUGGCAGUAUCCACGGCGCCAUUCUUUCAGGAUGUGCCCGAUCGUGCAUUGUCAGGCCUACUCCCAUCGGAAGAUGUGGACUCCAAGACUUUGUGGAAAGCUCUUGAAGAAGGUAUGCCAAACCUCAACCGGCGAAGGAGGAAGGCACUUCAUCGAGCAUCCAAUUGGGUUGUUCACUUGUUUGCGGGCCCUGGCUCGCACAAGGCUUUCAAACGAUUGGAGUCGCAGGAUACAGUUGUUGUUGAGCUUGACAUUUGCCGCUCAAGGAGCCAAGAUCUUUACCAUGAUCCGCUUUGGACGCUUCUUGCUAAGGUUGCAAAGUUGGGACGAGUUGCGGCGGUCAUUGGAGGUCCACCAACCCGCACUUGGUCCAUGUCAGGGCACCGCGCCGAUGGACCACAUCCACUCCGCUCGCCCACUGAACCGUUUGGCCUGAGCACUCUCACCUCUGACGAGCUGUGGGCGCCGGGGUUUGUGCAAGCCAUCGUGUACGCGCUCCAACGUUGGCCCUGUUACCGCAUCAUGAAAUUCACCCAAGCGGAUUGGGAACAGCAUGUUGCGAACAAUCACGUGCCGUACCGCCGUGAUUGUGCAGUUUGCGUGCACGGUGCCGGAAACGGCCGCCGCCACCACGGUGUAGUUCACCCGGAUGUGUAUUGCAUGUCAGCCGACAUUGCGGGGCCCAUCCGUGUGAAGGGCAAAGACCCAGAAAGCCGCAACCACCGACCAGCCACGUUCAAGUACUUCCUCGCUGUGUCGUACCGCUUCCCACGGCUCAAAGGAGUGAAGGAGGAGUCAGACCCCAGCCAAACCGAGGGGUUUGAUGAUGCAGCACUCCUCCCGGGAGGGACGGAUGACCUUGCAGAUGAGGCCUUUCCCGCAGCAGAAGGCCCCCCGCACGAGGAUUACGAGGACUCCCUGUACGAGCCAAGUUUAGCGGAAGAAGAGGAGGAGGCGGAAGGUGAAGGAGUUGAAGGGCCUAGGGAGUUUGCAGCCAAAGUUGCCGAGGAGCAUCCCUGGGAGUCAGCCAGGUGUGAACUCGAAACACCGCCUGACAUGGCGAGGCUGGUGUUUGCAUUUGUAGGAGACUCGCUUGAGGAGGAGCACACACCACCUCCACGCAGGGUUCGCGGCAAGCGGUCUGCUGGUGUGAGACUUGACGACGUCUUUGCACUUGACCCGCCGCCUCCCUUGCCGCCGCCAGCAGAAGCUCCACACCCGGAAGGGCCUGUGUCACCGGUUGAGGAGGAGUCUGCCCGUGUAGCGCGCUUGAGUCUGCAAGACCUCGAAGGUUUAGCUACGGAGCUUAUCGAGGACGACUGGGACCUUGAUGAAGCGUUGUGGGUGUUAGCCGAAGUGUGCAGAGCAGCGCCCCAGCUGCAACACAAAGCUGGGUUGUACCGUCACGGAGGUGUCGUAGGAGUUUUAGGGGGUACCACAGAUAAGCCUUGGCUGACAGAGCUUAUGAAUAUGGUGCUUUCCGCAGUUGCACCCACAGCUGAGUACACCUCGCUUUGGUUGUCUAAUUCCACUGUUCAACCCGUGCACGCCGACCACCACAACCUGCAGGGAUCCACAAAUGUAGUCCUCCCUUUGAAGCUCCCGCCUAACGGAGGGGAUUUGUGGAUAGAACUCAAGCCUGGUGACCUAGUCAGUGGCCCUGUAGAGGAGCGGGUAGACGGCAAAGGUAGGCGCUGGUUAGGGACAACUCACAAGUUAGAGCGCGGUAAGCCCUUCUUCCUAGACCCUACUCGCCGCCAUGCCACCACUCCCUGGAAGGGUGAGAGAGCACGUCGGUUACCGCUGACUGAGCAGCAAGACGUGAGACGUCUAGACGCGUUUGACUGCUUCGAAGAAGAGCCCCUUCAGGAGACAAAGGCACGUCACCCUGACGGGAAGACUUCUGAGUUAGCGCCUGGGACUGUGCUUAAAGGCGGAGGUUGGAAAGAAACCCAAGCCGUAGAAGCAGGUACUGUAGAGCUGGAGGUGUCGUGGAACCUGAAACACUCGCCGGACCAAAGGCGAACCCAGUCUGAGCACGCCCUGCUGGCUUGCCAACCAGACACCGAGACACAGGUUGAGGAGGAGGAGGAGGGCUUAAGCGAAGACUCCUUGCCGGAACAACCAGUGCUGUGGGAGUUGUGGGUUCCACACCCGCAGACAGGUGAGCAGCUGUGUGUUCUCAGGUCUGACGACUCGGACGCGAGUGAAGCUUGUGCCCUUUGCAAGUCUGAGCCGGUUUACACUACCAACGUAGAGCUGUUGCUUGACGGGUUGCAAGAACCACUGCAGGUAGUCCACACUGUAGACCCUCGGGAUGCAGAGCAAUGCAUCGAGAAGUGGAUGCCGUCCAUUCACAAGGAGAUCGGUGUCAUUGAGAAGGCUGUGCGGCGACUGCCCCCUGCAGAGGUCCGUUCCGGAGGUUGGCUAAAGCGCAAGGAAGUGAAGGUGGUUCCGUCUAAGUUUGUGUUCACAGUCAAGCCACCAGACCCUGCUGAAGCCUCCCUCGCUACCCGGAAGGGUCAGGCUUACCACAAGCGCAAGGCUCGCCUGGUUGCUUGUGGCAACCACGCCCCAGGCACGGGGUCCGAAGCCUACAGUGAAACUCAAGCUGUGGGCACUGGGACCGUGGCGCAGCAAGACCUGCAGCUGAGUGCCUUCGCUGUCCUGCUCGCCUUCUUUCAGGUCGUAGGUGCUGCCAGCCAGACAACGGACGAGGAAGAAGACUUGUCUCUCCCCGUGUCGCUUGAUGCAGAUUUGAUGUUGGCAGUAUCCAUCAUCUGCAUUGGUAUCUGCUUCAUUGCAGUGUGGGAGUUCUUCAAGUGGUGCCUUCAAGGCAUCAUCUCCCGCCGAGAGGCAGGGACACCCGUGUUGUCUCUGAGCCCCCGCAAGGCGCGCAAGUUACAGCGCCUUCGAGAUCAAACUGCGCAGGCCAUCCAGGCCGAGAUCUCUGCACGUGAGGAGGCAGCAAGCUCGCAGUCUGUGGAGCACCAACGCGUUACUUUGCAACACCCGAAGGGUUUGUUGAGUUUCAAGUGUGCCAGCAGUGCCACGGGAGCGCUGCAGACCACACCCAGCACAGCACAGGGUAGGAACUACUCCACCCUAACGGGUUGGAUCUCUCAGUGA